UGUAGGUGGCGCGAAAAUUUCGGCGGAAGUUUGCGAAAUGAACUAGUGUGUAUGGUAUUCUGUUUUGUUUUUUAGCGUACUGUAAUCAAUUUCACUUAAAGCUUAAUCCUGAAGUACAUUUGUACAAAGCAAUACAAAUAACGAACGGGGUGUGCUAGGGAGCUAAACCACCGUAUUAAUAUGUGAUGAAAACUUGUUAUCCAGUGGCUUUAGGCUUUUGAGUAAGUUACCCAUUUCGUAAGGUAUUGUUAGCUAUCUUACAGAAUGUCGGACGCGUUGUCUGAAGCAAGCGACUUGAGUGCAGAUGACAGUCAGGAUGUUAUGACCCCGGCUGAGCUCAUUGCUAAACUCGAAGAGGCCUGGCUGAAUGAGAAGUUCUCCCCAGAGCUUCUGGAGAACAAGUCUGAGAUUGUGGAGUGUGUGAUGGAGCAGCUGACUCACAUGGAGGAGAAUCUGCAGCGCGUGCGGAAGGGAGACGUGAAGGCCAGCAUCCACCGCAUGGAGAUCGACAGGAUCCGCUUCGUCCUCAGCAGCUACCUCCGCUCUCGUCUGCAGAAGAUAGAGAAGUACUUCCCACACAUCCUGGAGAAGGAAAAGUCACGGGCAGAGGGAGAUCCCUCAUUCCUUUCUCCUCAGGAAUUUGCCUUUGCUAAAGAGUACCUGGCCAACACAGAAACAUAUUUGAAGGCCGUGGCACUGAAACACAUGCCCCCCAAUCUACAGACUGUGGAUAUGCUGAAAGCAGUACCUGAGCCCGGCCUGGACUCCUUUGUGUUCCUGCGUGUGAAGGAGCGUCAGGAGAACAUCCUGGUGGAGCCUGAGACGGAUGAGCAGAGGGAGUAUGUUGUUGACCUGGACGAAGGCUCCCAGCACUUGAUGCGGUACCGCACAAUAGCACCCCUGGUGGCCAGUGGGGCAGUGCAGCUCAUAUAGAAAUGGAUGUAAUCUGGACCGAGACCCCACUCUCUUCCUGCCCUGCCUCCAAACACACACUGUGACGCUGUUUGGAAAGGCUGGCAAAGUGCGCUGCAACUGGCCAUGUAUUAUGAGGAACAUAAAGCAAGAUUUACCCAUCACAUUGGCAGGACUUUAAAUGGCUCAUUUUCUUGGGGUUUUGUUCAAUUAAAAACCUACCCAUGUGUUGCUAGCCUUUCCUCCUCAGCACAGGAGGAAAAGUGAUGUGCCCAAAUGAGGCAGAGGCAUUUCCUGUAGUUAAGGAAGCUGUCACUAUGAGAAUGACAUAGCACUUGAAAUGUGCUUGACUAGGGAUCAAAAUAUGUUUUUGUGGUUUAGAGCUGGCAUGCACUGCUUCAUAUCUUGAAGUCACAGUGUUUUUCAACACCCUUUCUUAUUAAUGAUAGAAUACGUGUUGGAUUACAGAAUAGUUGUUUGCUGCCAACAUUGAUUUUCCAUAUAUACUAGAAUCUAUGGCUUGGCUCCAGAGUCCUCCAUAUAGAACCAGUCACAUGUUACCCGAGUGCCCUUUCAACUGCUCUGAAGAGGACAGUGGGACAGAGAUGUGGAGAUGCCAGCAUUGAGAAUAGUGACAGGGAAUGGCCUUGUCUUUAUCAUGUAGUGGAGGCUUCCGUCAAAUUCAUAAAUCAGGAGAAUGCAGUUUUCAUCAACCUACUGUUCCUGUAGGACCUUGAUUAUGAAUGUAAAACCUUAAAGCCUGAUUUUUUUUGGUUUUCAGUGUUUGAAAUUUCAUUUUCUCUUGGUGUGUGCAUGUUAUGACAUUUAUAUUUUCAAUAAAAUAAAAUAAAAAACCCUUAUUUUUUCACUUAA